AUGGCGGUUCGAAACAUAUCCCUCAACACCUUCUUCCCUCGCUUUCUGACCUCAUUCACCAUCUUUCCCUCCGUCUCCACCUCAGCUUCCUCCCCUUCCACCUUACCCUCCCACCGAUUCAUCCGCCAUCUCCAUAAAGUCGCACAACCCGUCCACGUCCCCCCACCAACUCCCUUCGUCCCAGACUUGAAAACCUUCCUCUCCCUCAUCGGCCGCAACAUGGUCCGUUUCGCCCCUAAGUUUGCCUCAUGGGAUGAACUGUUCACACUUAGUUCCGCUCAGAUGAAAGAUCGGGGCAUCGAGCCGCCGCGAAGUCGCCGGUAUCUGCUACGCUGGCGCCAGAGGUUUCGGCGCGGAGAGUAUGGUGUUGGCGGCGACUUUGAUCAUGUCGUUGAUGGCGUGGCUCACUUGAGGGUUAUAGAGGUAGCCCGGGAUACGACGCAGGAGAAGAAUGAUAAUACAUCUUCGAGUCAUGACGGCAACGAUGGGUCGCAAAAGAGUGAUAAUAUCCCCCCCCUUACAGUCACCGGUAGCGUAAUGUUAUCACCCGGCAUGAAAUGGGCUGUGGUCAACUUGCCGCCUGGCGAAACGGAGCCGAAAGAAAUACCCCGGCCACUCAAGAGAUAUAAGGACGUGAGGCUUGUGCGUGGUGGGGUGCUAAGGGCACCGUAUCUUAAAGUGCUUAAAGGAACGAAUGGCACGGCUGGAACUAUACAGGUGCAGGAGGGAAUGUGGGAAGAUCGACGAGGUCACAAGAUUGAUGGCGGUGAGAGGAGGCAGGUAGAGGUUAGGGCGAAGAGGAAGAGUGAGGAAAGGAAGAAGGCUAUGUAG